CCUCCCAAACGCUGCCGUUUCAGGAGGUGGUCGCCAAAGGGGAAAAGAAAUUAAAAAUUCCCGUCUUUCUUCUAACAUUCUCGUUCUUCAAGCUGUUUCCAGGAUAAAAUUUUAUUCAAUUUCUUCUUUCGUUGAUUUUUCGUAGACCAAUAGAGCUUUAAAAUCAUGAAACAUUCAGUAAAUCGACCACCAACUCCAGAUGCUGCAGAAGAUCAAGGGAAAGAACCCACCCUUCAAGAAAUUAUUAACAUCAAGUUGAUCGAGAGUGGGGAAAAAGAGAGAUUAAUGGAGCUGUUAAGAGAAAGGCUUAUAGACUGUGGUUGGAAGGAUGAGAUGAAAGCUAUUUGCAGGGCGUAUAUUAAGAAGAAAGGAAGAAACAAUGUCACUGUAGAUGACCUUGUGCAUUUGAUCACCCCAAAAGGAAGAGCUUCCGUUCCCGACAACGUAAAGGCCGACCUCUUGCAAAGAAUUCGUACGUUUCUCAUGUCUGCUGCUCUUUGAUCAUCAGCUUGCGUGGGAA